UAAAACUAAAUUUAAUAAAACUGAAUUCAAUGAAACUGCAUUCAAUAAAAUUGAACUUAAUAAAACUGCAUUCAAUAAAACUGAAUUUAAUAAAACUGAAUUCAAGAAAACUGAAUGUAAUAAAAUUCAAUUUAAUGAAACUGCAUUUAAUAAAACAGAAUUUAUUAAAACUAAAUUUAAUAAAAUUGAAUUUAAUAAAACUGAAUUCAACAAAACUAAAAAAUAUAUGGAGACGUGGAAAACAUAUUCAAAAGCAUCAUCUUUAUGGGAAAAUCACACUGUUUAUUAUAAUGAAUCGAGCGUCAAACAAGCGCAAAAAUUAUCGACUCCAGAGGAAUGUGCGCGGCCUUGCAAAGCAGGGAGAAAACCAAAGAUCUGCCACUUUCAGUGGACUGUAGAAUAUUAUCAUACUUUUGGCGGUGCUUGUAAACUAUGUAAGCCGACUACAAACACAUCAAUUUCAAGUGACUGCCAGUGUAUUUUGGCCGAUGGAGUGGAUAUGUCGGGAAUAAUUACCGUAAAUAGAAUGUAUCCUGGACCAACGAUUCAAAUUUGUUUGGGUGAUUUUGUAGUUGUCGAUGUAACAAAUAAGGUAACCGGAAACGCAGUGGGUAUUCAUUGGCAUGGGAUUUAUCAAAGAGACUGGCAACAUUAUGACGGAGUGCCUUUCCUCACCCAGUGUCCGAUAAAUGAGGGUUCAACAUUUAGAUACCAGUGGCGAGCACAGAAUUCUGGUACGCAUUUCUGGCAUGCUCAUUCAGGUCUUCACAAAGCUGAAGGAGUUCUUGGACCGAUUAUCAUUGGUCAGCCAAAAUCAAAUGAACCGAACGAUAAACUCUAUGAUUAUCAGGGACCGGAUUACAUUAUUUUUAUUUCUGAUUGGACGCACGAAAAUGUUCAGUUUCAUUUUCCGGGUACUACGUCCCGAAAUCCCGGACAGGUCCCUGAUAAUAUUCUCGUUAAUGGCAAAGGCCAAUUCACGGAUUCAUUGGGAAAUGAAACAUCAACUCCACUAGCUGUUUAUGAUGUUAAACCUGGUAAGCGUUAUCGUAUUCGGUUGAUAAACGGAUGCAAUUUCAAUUGUCCCGUUCAGAUGACAAUUCAAGAUCACAAUGUCACAAUAAUCGCAGUCGACGGAGAAGAUGUUGUACCACGUAUUGUUACAUCAAUAAGCUCAUUUUCAGCUGAGCGCGUCGAUUUUAUUAUCAAUGCUUGUCAACCAGGCAAUCGGACUUACUGGAUACAGUUUCGCGCUUUUGGUGUGUGUGCUCCGAAAAAAAUUCAGCAGCAUGCGAUUUUACGUUACGUUGGUUUAAAAUUAAAUGUACCACAAACUCCAAAGCCAUCAUAUGAUUCACCCCUUCCUUCUGGAAUCAUUUUUAACGAAGUAAAUGAAGUUUGUGACGGCAAUCGUACUGAUGUUGUUUGCGUAAAAAAUCUAGAAGCCAUUGAUGAUAUUCAUCCACGGAUUCUCCGUAAAGAAUCAGAUAUGCAGUUAUACUUGCCGUUUGAUUUUCACCUCUAUGAUGACAAUUAUCUUUUUGAACCGAAUACAUAUAACCGUUUUAUUACUCCUAGUGGUAAUGAGAGUUUUGGUGCAAUGAUGGCUGGCAUUUCACACAUCAAUCCCCCGUCACCUUUCAUCAGUCAACUCAGUGAUAUUCCUGAGGGAUAUAUUUGCAACAGAACAAAUUUACCUGCCCGAUGUUCGAAUAGUCCAAUUUGUCAUUGUUCGCAUGUCAUAAACAUUCCACUUAAUGCUGUCGUGGAUCUUAUGCUUGUCGACGUAUCUGGUCCUACUGGGAUAUCUCAUCCGUUCCAUUUACACGGGUUUGGUUUUCAUGUACUAGCCCAGGGAUUAUUGCCGAAAGUAAAUCUUACUGAAAGUAAUGUUAAACAAGGAAUUGAACUUGACAGAAAAGAAUAUCCGGUUUUUCACAAUAAGCCACCAACCAAAGACACUUUAGCUGUUCCAUCGGAAGGCUAUACGAUCGUCCGAUUCAUUGCUGAUAAUCCAGGCUGGUGGCUCUUUCAUUGUCAUUUUCUCCCACACUUGUACAAUGGUAUGGCUUUAGUUUUCCACAUCGGUGAUCAAAAAGAUUUACCACCUACGCCUGAAGGUUUUCCAAAAUGUGGAAAUUUUGUGCCGAAUAUUCAUAAAUUAAAUCCGAAAGCUCGCGGGAAAAUGUAAAGAAUUAAAUUUAAUUUGAAUUCAAAUAAGUGUUGAAUGUCUAAUAUUUAAAGAGAAAACUUCCUGGCUUGCCAUCGAGUUUCAAGAUCGCCUGUGAUUCCCAACACUGUAUGAUAAAUUAUCGGUGAUUGGCAAAGAAGUUCUCUAGUACAAAUAACCCGGGAUUUUUGUUUGCUCCUUCGAAAGGAUUUGCUCAUGUGUAAUUAUGAUAGUAUUUAUAAUUAUGUAUGUAUAUAAAUAUAGAAAUAAUUUUUUUUUAUUCUGUAAUUAAUAUGCAUUACUUAGCUCAUUGGUAAGUGAAUAGUUAACACUCUUGUAAAUACCAGACAAUGUUUACAAAUGAUAUCACCCAAGGAUACAAACAGAGCAUGCAUGCAAUAGUCCACGUUAAAUUGUAUGGAACUUUCCUUUAAUUGACCUACUUAUUUGCACGAACCCGCUCAUAGAUUAGCAUUACCUGUCUGUAUCAUGCACCUAUAUCACCACCUUUCCCAUAGCUUGGAAUCCAUUUAACGUAAUGGAAUUUUUUUUUAUUACUAUGCUACAAAGUAUUAGAAAUUUCCAAGUUCUCUAUUUUUAUCACCAGCUCUUCCCAUAUCAUUACGUAUCUAAAAGAAGACGUGGAAAUUCCGUGUUUACGGUAACGAUAAUCAUAUAACCCGUUAGUUAUUCAAGCACGAGGUUGUCUAUCGUGCACGUAGAUUCUAUAGACAAUAAGCCACGACUUUUCAACCUAGACCGUUAUACUAUUUUCGUUAUUUCUUAUUUUUUAAACACAGGUCAAGUAUUUUUCACAAUCGUCGAAUAAAUUUAAUGCCUGUGUUACGAUAAGUGUGAAUGUAGCAGACAUCAGACAAAUUUAAAAUU